AUGGCGUCCGCCGAUACCCUGCCGGCCUCUGUUGAGGCCCUCACUCUCCAAUCAACAAGCCAGACCUCGAAGUUCCCGGACUGCUUCCCUUCCUUGAACCCGAUGGAUAUCUACCGUGAGCACAUUGCGGAGGAACUGGGAAAGGCUGCUGGCAUCGAUUCCAAUCUUAUUUACCCCCGCAUCGCAUGGACCAACACUCUGGACAAGGGUGAUUUGUCGCUACCCGUUGCAGCUCUCCGGAUCAAGAAGAACCCGCAGGAACUGGCCGCCGAGCUUGCCUCCAAAUUUCCCGAGUCCGACCUCAUCCACCCUCCAACCGCCCUCGGCCCCCAUAUUCAAUUCUUCUGCAAGGCGAAGCCUUUGGUAGACACCGUCCUGGCCCGUGUUUUGAAGGAGAAGGCUGCAUUCGGCACAAAUGGAAAUAUGGGCUUGAAGGACCCCUCCGACCCCUCCAAGGGCAAGAAGAGGCUGAUUGUUGAGUUCUCGUCGCCGAAUAUCGCCAAAGCGUUCCACGCGGGUCAUCUGCGCAGUACUAUUAUCGGCAGCUUCCUCGCCAACAUCUUCACUGUCAUGGGCUGGGAUGUGAUCAAGAUGAACUACCUUGGUGACUGGGGUAAGCAGUACGGUCUCUUGGCAAACGGCUUUAAGCAGUUUGGUAGCGAGGAGGGCCUGACUAAGGACCCUAUUAACCACCUUUUCGAUGUCUAUGUUAAGAUCAACAACAUCGUCGCUGCGCAAGAACAGCCCAUCAAAGAGCUUAAGGAACAGAUUAAGGCUAAGAAGGAAAAGGGCGAGGACGUGGCUGAGCUGGAGGCCGAGCUGGCUAAGCUUGUGGAUGUCAGCGAGGAUGAGAAUGCUCGUCGCUACUUCAAGAGCAUGGAGGACGGCUCCCCAGAGGCCUUGGCGCUGUGGCGCCGUUUCCGUGAUCUCAGUAUCGCCCGGUAUAAGAAGACCUAUGCUCGUCUGAACAUUGAUUUCGAUGUCUACUCCGGCGAGUCUCAGGUCAAGGCUGAGAGCAUGAGCAAUGCUUACAAGGCCAUGGAGAAAGCUGGUGUCACCGAGGAGUCUGAUGGUGCCGUCAUUGCCGACUUCACCAAGCACGGCGCUAAAAAGCUUGGCAAGGCCAUCAUUAUUCGCAAGGACGGUACUCCUCUGUACCUGACCCGUGAUAUCGGCGCCAUUGUUGAGCGUGAUGAGCAGUACAAGUUCGACCGCAUGAUCUAUGUCGUCGCAGCUCAGCAGGAUCUUCACCUGGCACAGCUGUUCAAGGUUACUGAGCUGAUGGGUCGCAAGGACCUGUCGGACCGCUGCCAGCACAUCAAUUUCGGCAUGGUUAAAGGCAUGAGCACCCGCAAGGGUACUGUGAAGUUCUUGGAUGACAUCCUGCAGGAUGUUGGCGACAAGAUGCACGAGGUCAUGAAGAAGAACGAGGUCAAGUAUUCGCAGGUUGCCGACCCCGUUAAGACUGCCGAUACCCUCGGUAUCAGCGCUGUUAUGGUCCAGGAUAUGACCGGCAAGCGUAUCAACGGAUAUGAUUUCAACUUGGAGGCCAUGACCUCCUUCGAGGGCGACACCGGCCCCUACCUGCAGUAUGCCCACGCCCGUCUGUGCUCGAUGGCUCGCAAGUCCGAGUUGAACAUUGACGAGCUGCACACCGCCAACUUCGACCUCCUGACUGAGCGUCACGCCAUUGACCUCACCCGUCUGCUCGCCCAGUGGCCCGAUGUCCUUGUCAACACCGCCAAGACCCUGGAACCCAUCACCGUGCUGAGCUAUCUCUUCCGCAUGACUCACAUGCUGAGCUCGAGCUACGACGUGCUCAAGGUGAUCGGUAGCGAGCCCGAGGUUAAGAAGGCCCGUAUGGCUCUGUACGCCGCUGCCCGCCAGGUUCUCAACAACGGCAUGCGGGUUCUGGGCCUGUCCCCCGUUGAGCGGAUGUAA